AUGGAAGCAGAAGGGAAAGCUCCGAGUCUGCUGGAGCUGUGCGUCCGAAAGGCAAUCGACAACCUGCGGCGCAUUGAGAGCGUGGACGGCGUGGACACGCCGCUGCUGCGCAGGAUCCUGCCCCACUGCGACCUAGAGCAGCUGACCCGCAUCGAGAGCCGCACGGCGACGGACCUGACCCCGGUCACGGACGUCCUCUGGCAGGGGUUCUACCGGCGGCAGUUCGGCGAGGAGCACACGAGCCGCGUCGCCGACAGGAUGCGGCGGGCCGGGGCGCGAUACCGGUGGAAGGAACUCUUCAGGGCGAAGACGAAGCAGCAGAAGGAGGUCGAAGACCGGAUGGUGGAGGCGCUCACGAGCAAGUGCCGGGCGGGGAACGCCGAGAGCGGCAUGUCUUCCGGUUCCGGCUACAAGAACCCGAUGUUGAAGAAGGCAAGGAUGGAGGUUGACAUUCGGGCGAGAAUGGAAGCUCCUUUUGCAGGAGGUCAACUCAGCCAACGACGACUCAUGGACAGCCGAUGA